UCCGCGAGCCCAUUCCAGAAGCGGGGCCGAGACGCACGUCGGACUGCGCCUGCGCGCCGACGUCUUCCCGAAGGACCAAUGAACGGAGGGGUGGGCGGGCAGUAGGCGAGCUCGGUUUCCGGUUCCGGUCGGCGCCUGUGCGUCGGCCGUUGUGCUACGUGUCUUGGCCUUCGCGAGCGGACGGCGGGCAGGCAUCAUGGAUCAGGUAAUGCAGUUCGUUGAGCCAAGUCGGCAGUUUGUGAAGGACUCAAUUCGGCUGGUUAAAAGAUGCACCAAACCGGAUCGAAAAGAAUUCCAGAAGAUUGCCAUGGCAACUGCAAUAGGAUUUGCCAUAAUGGGAUUCAUUGGCUUUUUUGUGAAAUUGAUCCAUAUUCCUAUUAAUAACAUCAUUGUUGGUGGCUGAAUACCUUUUUAGAAAAGUGUUUUUCAUCUUGGGGCUUGGUGAACAAGUGUGGAUUUGAGACGCUCAUGGAGUAAAAAAAAUUUGCCUAUG